AAUCACCUGGCUACUGAAAACUGUUUUUCGUAUCGAGUUUAGCCAGCUGUCAUUCGUGCUCUCUUUCACUAUUAAUGUUUCAAAUGUAUUCUUGACCUUUCACUUUGUAAAAAUCGGAUAAAACCUGUUUUAACAUGCCUAAAGGAGGUAAAAAAAGUGGUCACAAGGGCCGUGCACGGAUGUACACCAGCCCUGAGGAGAUAGACGCUCAGAUGAAAGCAGAGAAAGAAAGAAAACAGCAAGAGCAGGAGGAAGCUGAUGGGGGUGAUGGGGCGGCUCAGACUGACUUGGCAGAAGACAAGCUUCCAGGAUCCGGAUCAGAAGACAGUGAUGAUGAAUCUUCUGAGAGAAAAAGAGCUGGUGUAGAAGGUUUGAUAGAGAUCGAAAACCCCAACAGAGUGUCUCAGAAAUCCAAGAAGGUGACACAGAUUGAACUGGAAGAACCAAAGCAGUUAUCUAGAAGAGAAAGAGAAGAGAUUGAAAAGCAGAAAGCAAAAGAACGCUACAUGAAGAUGCACUUGGCAGGAAAAACAGACCAGGCAAAGGCAGACCUUGCCCGACUCGCAAUUAUUAGAAAACAAAGAGAGGAGGCGGCAAGAAAAAAAGAAGAGGAGAAAAAAGCAAAAGAGGCAGCAGCGGCAGCAGCAAGAGGAAUUGACUCACUUUCACUGAAGUAAGAGGUGCAUUAAAAGUAUAAAGGACUGGUCCGAAUUAACACUUUUGCAUUUAGAAAAAAAGUCAAGAAUGAAGAGUAUUUUUUGUGAAUUGUGUUUGCCACAAUUAUACCUGGAAUUGGAAUACUGGCCACAUCAUUGUUUUCAACAUCAAUACUGAGAACAUGUUGUUUUUCCUGUUCACUUGGAAACAGAAUGAAAAUCUACAUGAUUGUAUUAAUAAUGCUAUACUGCACUUUCACUGUAUAUCUGAACUAAUUUGCUUAUUUUGCCAUGUUUUUAAAGUAUCAAUAUCUAUUUUAUUAAUGAGAAAAUUCUGAUUUGUCAGAAUUGUCUCAAUAUUUAUUUUGAGUUUAUUUACCGAUGACUUGGCUUUUGAAUUCACAGCUGUGUAUAACAAAUGAUUGGAGAUAUAGAAUGUAAAAAUAAAAUUACAUCUAAUUUUGGAAA